AUGAAGGCGGACGGUGGCUGGGUCCGAGCUUGGGAAGGCGUUGUCCUAGGACCGCAGACUGGACAGCAGGGGGGCCCAUGCAGGCAAAGACAGCUUCCUCUUCCUAGGUCUUCCCUCACAACUUGGACUCGACCCCAGAGUGCAGGCAUUUUUCUGGCCUUCCCUUUUACUGCUGGCUGGGAAGGAGAAGCAUCAGACCACAGAUCCUGGAAGGCACUUCUCUUCCUGACUGCUGCUGGCACUGCCGUGAGAACCUGCUUAUAUCCGGGACUGAGGAGUCUCUUAACCUUCAUCAACUGUGCCUAUGUCAAGUGGGGAACCCUGGUACAAGAUAUUUUCACCUAUGCUAAAGUACUGGCGCUGAUCGCGAUCAUCAUUGCAGGCAUUGUUAGACUUGGCCAGGGAGCCUCCACUCAUUUUGAGAAUUCCUUUGAGGGUUCAUCAUAUGCAGUGGGUGACAUUGCCCUGGCACUGUACUCAGCUCUGUUCUCAUACUCAGGCUGGGACACUCUCAACUAUGUCACUGAAGAGAUCAAGAAUCCUGAGAGGAACCUGCCCCUCUCCAUUGGCAUCUCCAUGCCCAUUGUCACCAUCAUCUAUAUCUUGACCAAUGUGGCCUAUUAUACUGUGCUAGACAUGAGAGACAUCUUGGCCAGUGAUGCUGUUGCUGUGACUUUUGCAGAUCAGAUAUUUGGAAUAUUUAACUGGAUAAUUCCACUGUCAGUUGCAUUAUCCUGUUUUGGUGGCCUCAAUGCCUCCAUUGUGGCUGCUUCUAGGCUUUUCUUUGUGGGCUCAAGAGAAGGCCAUCUCCCUGAUGCCAUCUGCAUGAUCCAUGUUGAACGGUUCACACCAGUGCCUUCUCUGCUGUUCAACGGUAUCAUGGCAUUGAUCUACUUGUGCGUGGAAGACAUCUUCCAGCUCAUUAACUACUACAGCUUCAGCCACUGGUUCUUUGUGGGGCUUUCUAUUAUGGGUCAGCUUUAUCUGCGCUGGAAGGAGCCUGAUCGACCUCGUCCCCUCAAGCUCAGCGUUUUCUUCCCGAUUGUCUUCUGCCUCUGCACCAUCUUCCUGGUGGCUGUUCCACUUUACAGUGAUACCAUCAACUCCCUCAUCGGCAUUGCCAUUGCCCUCUCAGGCCUGCCCUUUUACUUCCUCAUCAUCAGAGUGCCAGAACAUAAGCGACCUCUUUACCUCCGAAGGAUCGUGGGGUCUGCCACAAGGUACCUCCAGGUCCUGUGUAUGUCAGUUGCUGCAGAAAUGGAUUUGGAAGAUGGAGGAGAGAUGCCCAAGCAACGGGAUCCCAAGUCUAACUAAACACCAUCUGGAAUCCUGAUGUGGAAAGCAGGGGUUUCUGGUCUACUGGCUAGAGCUGAGGAAGUUGAAAAGGAAAGCUCACUUCUUUGGAGGCACCUGUCCAGAAGCCUGGCCUAGGCAGCUUCAACCUUUGAACUUACUUUUUGAAAUGAAAAGUAAUUUAUUUGUUUUGCUACAUACAGUUCCAGACUUUUAAAGCGGACAAUAGAGGAGACUGGGGAGAGGAGCAUGUCAGGUGUGGGCUUGGUGGUUUUAGAAGCACCUGAGUGCGCCUACCUACUCCUCUUUUCUUUUAAAAGGGCCCACAAUCCUCCAAUUAUCUCCUUUAGAGAGACAUCAAACUAUCACAGGUGCUGGAUGACAAUAAAAAGUUAUGUUCCUAAA